ACAAUUAUAUUUGAAGUGUUAUUGGGAAGUUCGGAUAAUGGAACAAGUAUGAUUGAAUUCCUUGAUAAAAUGAAACCUCUUAAAAAUCAUGGAUUCAUGUUUUGCCUUCACCUUUACAAGAACUUUCCUUUAGGUAAACCUGUUGAUUUUCAAUUACCACUAGAGGACCUUAAGAAGUUUGAAUGGUAUGAAAUUAGACUCGACACUGAUUACUUUAAACCUGAAGAAUCAUACGACUAUGAUCUAAUGAUUGAUAAUAUGCCUAUCAUUUCAUUGACCUCAGCAUGGGUGAAUCCCAACAGUUUGCAUAGCUUUCAUGUGGGAGAGAAGAUCAGACUCAUAGCUAAAGAAAUCAAGUAUCUCAAGUUUCCCAAGUUAGAAAACCACAGUUUUGAAAGUUGUGAUUUACUAUCACAACAUUAUUGGGGACAAUUUUUGAACAAUCAUGGUGACACCAUCAAGAAGUUAAGAUUACGUACGUUUAGCAGUGCAAAAUAUGAUUAUAAGCUACUUAAAAGCUUAACUCAUGUUGAGUAUGUGGCUUAUACUCAAUUCAAAGGUGAAUUGAACUACUUCCUGAAAAGAUUAGAAUCCAUAAAACUUUUAGGAACUUUGACCGGAUUGGGUUCAAUCUACAUGGAAGACAGACACAAGUGGUCUGGUUCUAUGCCUAAGAAGAAUAUACAAAUCGCAGUAGAAGACGAAAGUUUUGCUAAAGAGUGGCUCCGUGAGCAUUGGCUCCAUGUACAUGGCAUUUUGAAUAUGGAACAAUUUGUCACUUUCCUUGUCUUUAAACCAAACUAUCUAUACAAUAGGCUCUACACUAGUUAUGGACCAUAUGGUUUAUAUUUAAAUCAAUUGCCAUUUUUCAAUAGAGUGCUUAAAGAUUUAGAUGAAGAUGAAGAUGAGGCGCGUGCGUUUAGAUGCUAUCAUCAUUUUUUCCACCGUAUGCAUAUUGAUUUUCUGUGAUUGUCUAUAAUGGUUCAUAUGCCUUUAUGAACAGGAAUUUGAACCAAUCAAUCGGUGAAAAGAUAUUUAUAAGAGCUCAUAGAUCAUUUCUCAUUAACUGUUAGUUCGAAUCAAUAAAUAAGGGCAACUUAAC